GCGCUCCCCAGAGGAGGUCCCCAGCCCCGGGGGGGUGGCCGCUCUCCCGCACGCGGAGAUGCUCUUCCAGGCGCUAUAAAGGGCUCCGGCGCCGGCACCUGCCGCUCGCUCUCCGCGCGCCGCGCUCCUGCUCCGCACCCGGCGCGGGGGCUCGGGGCCGCCCGGUCCCCGUCCCCGUGGCCGUCCCCUCCCGCCGACCCGCCGGCUCGUCCCGCAGCCGGGCCGCUGGAGGGGAUGGACUAUUCCUAUGAUGAGGACCUGGACGAGCUCUGUCCGGUCUGCGGGGACAAGGUCUCCGGGUACCACUACGGGCUGCUCACCUGCGAGAGCUGCAAGGGCUUCUUCAAGCGCACGGUGCAGAACAACAAGCACUACACCUGCACCGAGAGCCAGAACUGCAAGAUCGACAAGACCCAGCGCAAGCGCUGCCCCUACUGCCGCUUCCAGAAGUGCCUCACCGUGGGGAUGCGCCUGGAAGCCGUCCGCGCCGACCGCAUGCGAGGCGGCAGGAACAAGUUCGGGCCCAUGUACAAGCGGGACCGCGCCCUGAAGCAGCAGAAGAAGGCGCUGAUCCGGGCCAACGGCUUCAAGCUGGAGACGGUGCCGCCGAUGCUGUCGCCGGUGCCGGGCGACUACGGGCUGCCGGCCUCGCUGCAGGGGCUGCACGGGGGGCCCAAGGCGCUGCCGCCCAGCCCCGCCGCCCCGCCGCCCCUCGACUACGAGCGCGGCCCCUACGGCAGCGCCGGGCUGCCCGGCGGCCUCCCCGGCCACGCGCCGCUGGCCGCCUACCCCUACGCGGCCUUCCCCGGCCGCGCCAUCAAGGCCGAGCUGCCGGACCGCUACGCGGCGGGGCCCGAGGCGGCGGCGGGCUACGGCUACGCGGGGGGCUACGGCGGCGGCCCCCCCGCCGACCUGCCCGAGCUCGUCCUCAAGCUGCUGCAGCUGGAGCCGGACGAGGCGCAGGUGAAGGCGCGCAUCCUGGGCUGCCUGCAGCAGGAGCAGGGCAAGGGCCGCCACGACAAGCUCAGCACCUUCGGCCUCAUGUGCCGCAUGGCCGACCAGACCCUCUUCUCCAUCGUGGAGUGGGCGCGGAGCUGCGUCUUCUUCAAGGAGCUGGAGGUGGGCGACCAGAUGAAGCUGCUGCAGAACUGCUGGAGCGAGCUGCUGGUGUUCGACCACGUCUACCGGCAGGUGCAGCACGGCAAGGAGCACAGCGUGCUGCUCGUCACCGGCCAGGAGGUGGACGUGUCGGCCGUGGCCGCCCAGGCGGGCUCGGUGCUCAGCGGGCUGGUGCUGCGGGCGCAGGAGCUGGUGCUGCACCUGCACGCGCUGCAGCUCGACCGGCAGGAGUUCGUGUGCCUCAAGUUCCUCAUCCUCUUCAGCCUCGAUGUGAAGUACCUGGAGAACCACGCGCUGGCUAAGGACGCUCAGGAGAAGGCCAACGCGGCGCUGCUGGAGUACACGGCCUGCCACUACCCCCACGCCACGGACAAGUUCCGGCAGCUGCUGCUGCGGCUGGCGGAGGUCCGGGCGCUGAGCAUGCAGGCCGAGGAGUACCUCUACCACAAGCACCUCGGCGGGGAGGUGCCCUGCAACAACCUGCUCAUCGAGAUGCUGCACGCCAAGCGGACUUGAGCGCGUCCCCCCCCCGCCCCGCGCACGGACCCCGCAGAGCCCCGGCGCCCCGCG